UCCCAAAAUCCAGUGCGGUGUCUAUUGGAAAGACGAUUGAAAGGUUAUUGCAUCAUUGACGUUGAGAUGACAAAACGAGAUCAUUUUGAUGUGCUGAUUGUUUGUCCUCGGGAGUCAGAGCUGCAGGCUGCACGUCACGUGUUUGAACACGAAACAAAGAGCAAGUUUGAAGGAGCUCACACUAAUCUCCCUUACAACCUUCGUUUGUGUCGUGGAUGGAAUGAUUUGCCUUUGAAUGUUGCCAUGGUAGCUCAGGUGGAGUGUGGUGGUAUUGAGAGUAUGAAGCUUGUUGCUGACUUGGCAAAACAUUUUUCUGUUGGUUUGAUUGCAAUGACGGGCAUUUGUGCUGGAGAAGAAGACAGAAAGAGAGGAAUAGAAUAUGGGACAGUUGUGGUGGCAAAGAGAACAACAACAGAAUGUGGAGGGUUAGAGAAGGAAGAUGGAACAGUUCAAUCUUGUGCACGUUACAUAGAAGUGAGCAAAAUGCUUGCUCCAGCUCUGAAUGAAGUUGUUGAGACAAGAGAAAAUGACAAGUGGUCAUCGUAUGUUCCUGCUAAAUUGUAUCGUGCCAGUCCACGAUAUGUAAAGGAGCUGCUGCUUCAGUGUGUUUUAGACAAUGAAGAAAUCAAGGAGAAGAAGGAUUGUGCAGGCAUUAAGAAAAAGGAGCUUUUUGUAGGCAUCAAAAAGAAAAUGCUUCUUGCAAUUAUGGAAAGUAAACUUUUAGGCCUUACUAAACAUGACGUCAUCGAAGUUUUAGAGAAAACGGAGAAAGAGCAUGAGCCAUUAGUGUAUGCAGAAGGGAAGCUACAGGAAUACAAGUCAACUGAAGCAGGAGAGUUCUAUGCUAAUAAGGAGGUCGAAUUUCUACAUGAAAACAGAAGUUUUACAGUUGUAUCUGGAUCAAUAGGAUCAGUCUCGAUGGACACUGAAAGACUUGACAGAGAAAUGACAGAACUGAAACAACGAAUGGGAGAUCACGACAUCAAAGCUAUUGAUAAAGAAGCUCAUUCAUUCAUGGAACAAGCGACAGACAGUUUCAGUCCUGGAUUAGCUGUUGUGAUGAAGGGAAUAUCUGACUACGGAACUGAGAGCAGCAAACUGAUGUAUUAUGAAGCUUAUGCUGCUGCCACUCCAGCUGCAUUUCUGAGACAUUUCAUCACUGAAAAGAAGUCUGUGAUAAGUUGUGGGUCAUUGAAGGCUCAGUUGUUUGAUUUGUGUGACAUUGUGGGUGACAAGUGGCGUGAUUUGUCUGAUCGUCUCAACAUGAGCAGAUAUGAUGUUGAGAUGAUAGAACUGGAGGUUCAUACAAAGAAGGAACGAGCAUUUAUGAUGCUAUGCAAAUGGCAGUCGAUGGUAGGAGACAAUGCAACUGUAGAGAAGGUAAAAGCUGAACUAAAAGAGAUUGAAGAGCAGAAGAAGGAAGAAGCCAUUGCAAGUAUAGUGUUUCCCAAUGAGCUAAUAGACGAAAAGCAAUUUUGUGGUCGCCAUAAAGAGUUGACAAUUUUGUCUAACACAAUGUGGGGAGAAAAGGCUCCACAAGUGUCUACGUCAUUGCAAUUCUGCUGUGUGGUGUGUUUACAUGUGAUCAAAGGAAUGGGCGGAGUGGGGAAGUCAUCUUUGGCAGCCAAAUAUGCAUUUGAAUGUAAACAUCUGUAUAGUGAUGGAGUGCUGUAUUUCAAUGCAGAAUCAUGGGCAACACUGACAAACUCAGUCAUACACAAUCUCACAGUUUUGUCUUUAAGUUCUCCUUCUGUUUCACGUUCUCGAAGUCGAUUUGAUGAGCUAAAGAGCAAUCCAUUAGAAGACAACAAUGCAGUGCUGCUUAACCACAUUUCCAAGCUUCCUAAGAUGUUGCUGGUGUAUGAUGGUGCAGAUGAUCUCUCUUUUCUGCCUAGAAUUCUUCCUCGUUCAACUGCUGGUGUCCAUGUAUUGAUCACAACUCGAUGUGAUGAUUGUUCUGUGUUACAGAAAUCAAUAAAUCAUGUCAUCUCUCUUGGUUGUUUGGAAGCGGAAGAUGCCGUGGCAGCCGUAGCCAUGUGGUCCGGUCGUCAACCGUCCAACAGUCAAGAAAUAGCAGCAGCCACCAAAUUGUCAGUUGAGCCUCCCAUAGAAAAGCUACCAAUUGCUCUUGCUCAUGCAGGCACGUAUAUGCGAAAGGCACAUCUAAGUUAUGAGGAAUAUUACAAACGGUUGAAAAGAAAUGAAGUUGAACUUGAGGGUUUCGCAUUGGAUCUUGACAAACUGUUGCAUUACUUUAGAGCAAGUCGUCUACGUGAAGUGCUUAUGGAAGCUGAUGUAACUCAGCCUCCUGAUUUGAAACGGUUGAGUGACAGGAAUAUUGAUGAGUUGGAUAUAAGUGAACGUGACAAAAAUGUUGUAAAAAAUGUGAGAAAUUUUAUGAUGUCUUCUAGUCAUGCUCAUCUGACAUGGCAGAUGGACAUUGAGUUGGUUGCAAGAGAGAAUGCCAAAGCGUUGUCUCUACUUGAAUAUGCAUCAUUUCUGUCUUCAAGAGACAUUCCAGAGAAGCUCGUUCGUCCUCUUGUGUUUGGUGAAUGUGCCAAUUAUGAAUACAGUUUGUGUGUCUCAAGUUUGUCUUCACACAAUUUAGUUGAAUGGCACGAGACAGCAGAAGGUUACACUUUGAAUAUUCAUCCAUUGGUGCAGUCAACAGUGAUGGAACGUGUCAAGCAGCAGCCAGAUGAGAUGGAACGUAAACUAACUGAUGUUUGUAACAAUAUGAAGUCUCAUAUACCGCACAGUGAAAUGGAGUUUAAUUGUCUUCCAAGUGAUGUACGAGUUCAACUAUCUUCUCACUCGUAUUCAUUGGCUAAGCAUUUCCACCAUCCUGACAUAUUGUACUAUUUGUGUGAAAAAUGGUACCACAAAGUGAUGCAGUUGCACAGUUUUCCACAUGAGGUCAAACGCAAGUGGCUCAUAGAAGCAACAAAUCUUUUGAUUUGGGCAUAUUUUCAAAACUUGAAAUUUAAGGAAGCAUUAGAUUUGAGUCUGAAAAGCAAGAAGGUGAUUGAUGAGUUAAAACCAGAUGAGAAGAAAGAAAUAUAUGAACAUCAUAAAUUUGUGUUGCAGGUUAUUUAUUAUUGCUAUCAAGUUCUAAACAAAUUUGAAGAAAAAAAGUUUUAUCUGAAAAAGCUGAUGUUGGUGAUGAAAACUUCUGGAGAACAACUUGGACGUGAAUUUGCUUUAAUUGAAUGCAAGAUGGCAGACAACUACUUAGAGAGGGGUAAACGAGACAAAGCAAUGAAAUUAUGGCAACAAGUGAUGGAAAAGUUAAAUGAUAUGGAAGAAUAUGAUCAGAUCGAAGUGAUGACAAGAUUAUCAACAUGUUUUUUAUCUUUUGGAGAAUUUGAAAAAGCAGAUGAUUUAUUGGAUAGGUCAUGGAAAUUGCUUUCCAGAGUUGAUUAUUACAAUUUUCUUCGUGACCGUCUUGAGGUGAUGAGGCUCAAGUGUGAUCGUGAGCUUGAAAGACCUGAUGGAUCAAAAGACAAGCUUACUGAAGCAUUGGAAAUAGCAAAAUCAGCUUUGUCUAUUGCUCAGUCUUUCCUACCAUCAGAAAGUUAUGAGAUUUUCUUAUGUACAGUGCAAAUUGCUAAAUGUAACAGUAAAUUAGGAAACAUGGAAACGUGCAUUGAACAACUGAAAGAGAUCAGGAGAGUUGAGGAGGCAAACAUGCCUCAUUCACAUACUAAACUAUGUUGUGUAAUAAGAGAAUUAGGAGGCAUACAUGAGGACAGAGGUGAUUUAGUUGAAGCUCUGACGUGUUACAAGGAAGUAUUAGAGCUGUACCAGCAGGAGGACACUUGUUAUCAUUUGGAAAUUGCUGAUACUCUCAUGUUUAUUGGUACAAUAUAUUAUAAGAUGGGCAACAUCACUGAUGCUGUAAAGCAUUUAGAGCAGUCUAAAGAAAUUAGAGAACAGAAGUUACCACUUUGUCGUGAAGCUGGUCUAUGUUAUGGAUUUUUUGGAAUUUGUCAUAUGCUGACGCUAGCAAGAAAGACAUCAUUUGAACAAAUGCAAGGAAUCGAUCAAGCACAAGAAGCAUUUACUAAAUCACUCAACAUCCUGUUAUUUUAUCCAAAUUGUGAUCAAGAAAUAUUUUACGUGUUGAGGCACUUUGGUUUUUCAUAUGACAUGGAAAUUGAUGAGGAGACUCUACAUGAGAAGGCCACUGUGCUAAAACUAAUAGCAAGGAAAGCAUAUACUUGGAGAAAUUAUGCCAGAGCUAAAGAUUUGUUCUACAUGCAAAUGAAAGUUGAAGCUGCUACAAUGGUUUUACAGCCAGUACAAAAAGCUAUUGCACUGCACGACAUCGGUUUGUGUCAGAUACGUCUCUCACAGUUGGAUGAAGCUGAGAAAACAUUUACUGAAUCACUGAGAAUUGCUCAAUCUCUGAGACCAGACGGGCAUCAAGGUUUACAGAUUUCAUCCAACUUUCGGACGAUGAACACUGAAAAUCAAGGCUCAGAGAGUAACGAAGUAAGACUUCCUAGCACUAGUAGUGAUCUGGACAUGGAGGACUUUGUCAAUGUGUCCGAUGCUGCCAGCCACGUUUUGUCGGUAUUGCGAGACGUCAGGAACUCACAACAUUCGUCUGCCAGUCGCCUGUCUUUGGAACUAAGCAACAGCUUUUCUGGAGUUAUUGGACGCCGUCGAGCCAGAAGAUCCGAGCCUAUACCAAGGCGUGGCCGUGGUAGAAGAGCUGCGUCAUGGAGGACUCAUGUUGUGUGUUUGGCCCAAGUGAACACCACGAGAACAGUCACUCGCUCAGAAUUGGAACGGCUUACAAGGGCUGGACUUGGUGUACCACGCCAUGAGAUUUCAUUGGUGCCAAGCGAUCACCCAUAUUCUGAAUUGCCGUUGACUUGGACAGCUGAGCAGAUGCACCAAUGGGUCUUGCAGACAUUCCCACUGCUGGAUAGUACCAGUUAUACUUACCAUAAAGCGGACAAGAACCGAAACCUAGUCCAGUUACCAGCAGAAGCAAACACUCCUGAGAUUCUCAGAAGAGAAGUGCGCCAGGGAAAGCUGUAUAUCCGACCAACAACAAAUCUAUUAUCAUCGUCAAUGGAAGUCUCAACUGCUUCUUCUGCGACUCGUACUGGUGAAGACAUCCACACCAGAAGAACCAUUCGCGUAAAAAACUAUUCACAAUGUGACAUGAUGCAGCGUAACACACGCUCCAUGCACGGUCUAUUGUAG